GAUGUGGACCAUGUAUUUGUACUUUUCAGUAUAUAAACAGUGUGAUAUCUCACUUUCUUUAAUUGUCCUUUUAUACCAUGUGACCUGAGAUUUGUGUAUUCCAGUGUAUAACACAGCGGCCUGAUUUCAGUGUAUGAAUUGCACUUUUACACACAUUUUUCAUACACUACGCGCGCUUUUAGCCGGUCAUCAUCUGAUUGGCUGGAAAAAUCUUGUGGGUGUGUCUGAUUACCAAACAGUCCCGGACGCCAAGUUUUUAAAAAUUAAAUCCCCAUUUGAAGCCGCAACUCUCAAUAUGGACGUGUUGGUGGAAUAACUGUGCACAGGUAAGGAUAAAUGGUAAAUUAAAAAUACAUUUUGCCUGGAUAGUUAUUUGCAAGUAAAUAAGUGCAAAUGUAAUGAAGAAUUUUGAGCAAAAUUAAUUAUUUUAGAUUUUAAUUUAGGUGACAUGAAAGCUAACCAACUUAUUUUGGAUAUUUACAUCAAGUAACUUAGAUAUGUAUACUUUUAUGACUGAAAAGACUUACCUGAAGCAGUAUAGUUUUUAUUCCGAGUGUUUUAAAGUAAGAGACUAGCUUGCUAGGAGAGCUAGCCUUGUAGCUAGACGAAACGUGUUUGACAAGUUGACAAUGUCUGGAGUAGAUGGUAUCUGUGUGGUACCAUACCCCAAACAGGUACCACCUAGCUUUCGGUGGUAAAAGCUGGGUGAUAGACUAAGGUUGUCAUCAUUAUAUUUAAUGAUAUUGGCAAACUGCUUGCUUUAUGUUAGCUAUUUGCGUAGACGCUCUGCUUGUUAAGCUCGUUAAGCUUGAUUGCCUUCGGUCCUGCUGAAGAGCAGCAGGAAAUUAAUAAGAAGUAAACACACAGGUUUCUGUGAAACUUGUUUAUCUUUUAGAAAAGCACUAAUGGUUGAAUGUUUGAAUAAAUGGAUGCAAUAGGGCAGGUGCACCGAUGGCUUUAAAGCUGUGUACUGUAAUUACUUCGCUGACUUCAGCAACUUAAAUGCUGAAAGUGUAAACCAGGAGUCCUCAAAUUCAGGCAAAUAUAGGCGUCCUUCAACUUUUAAAUGUGUAUUUGUACCUUAAUUAGCUGAAUAACCUCACAUACAGCCAAAUUCUCCAGAUUUCUGACCUCAUUAUUUGAUUUAGGUGUGUUGAAGCAGGGAUGCAUUUAAAAGUUGGAGGAGAUUGUACCUGGAUGACUGACUAAAAGAUUUAAAAGAUUAACAAAAUUCAUUUGUGCAAAAAACUACCCUUUUUCCUUAAAUUAUGGCUCAAGUGUUCUUGUAAGGCUGUACUAUUGGCUGAACCUCAACAUAUUGAACACUGAUCAUUGUAUGAACUAUUUGUAGAUGGUAAAGCACUUUUUAAAUCAGUGAUUAAAUACAUUAUAGUGUUGGUGUUUUAUCUGAGGUAUGUGUCUUGCAUGCAUAACAUGUUUCCAUAGUUAUAAUUUAAUUUUUAGCUUUAAAGCUUGUAGGAAUUACAAAGAAGCCUGUAAUUCCUUAUUUGACUGUUAUAACUUUUCAUACAUGCCAGUAAAACAUGCAGAGGCGAAGACGCAUAAAACCGAAGGAAGAUGCCAAAUAUUAUAUUGAUACCAAAACGGACAAAGUGGGGCUUGACGUCAAGUACAUCAGUGCCUUUAAAGGUCGUGGUAUUUUUGCCACAACCUCUUUUCAGAAAGGAGACUUUCUGUGUGAGUAUCAAGGUGAACUGAUAAGUAAAGAGGAAUGUGAGAGGAGACAGAAAAUUUACCAUGACAACCUUAAAGUUUUCUUGUUUGAAUUCUACUUUAAUGGAAAACUCUGGUGUGUUGAUGCAGCAAAAGAAGAUGGCUCUCUUGGAAGGCUUAUAAACGAUGACAAUAUCAGCCCAAAUGCCAAAAUGAAGUAUCUGACCGUGCAACAGAAGCCACAUUUGUGUUUAUUUGCAACUCGAGAUAUCAAUCAGGGAGAAGAGAUUACGUACAAUUAUGGGGACUCAGACUGGCCAUGGCGACUCAAGGAGUUGGAGAAAGAAAUGUCUCAAAGUCCUGACUGUACUCAUUCAACUUCUACAACUGACAACACAGAACAGGUCAGAGCUGAAAAUGACCAGGAUCAGAUGACAACCAGUGUCCCAAACGAGACAGAUCCAGUCCUGGAUUCACUCCCCAUCAAUUCAGAGGUAUUUUAUAAUUAAUGUGUAGCUAAAUGAUGUCAGUCAGCCAACCUGUUCUACUUAAGUGUGUCUGUGUGUGCACCUGAAUGCCAUGUGGUUUAUAAAGACAUUGGUUUGUAAGGACAGUCUCAUCUCAUGGUUUUUAGUUUGUAAGUUCAGUGAGUGUAUGUAUGUUUCAUGGUCAA